AUGGCCAGCUUCUUCAACUCGCCUCCGCCGCAGCAGCAGCAGCCACAAUAUGGCAAUCCAAACAACCUUCAAUUCUACCAAAGCUCCUACGCCGAUGUAGGACGAGCUCCUGGCCAAGCAUCACCACCGCAGCAGCAACCGACCGGUUAUGGAUUCGGUGGGAUGGGCGCCAUGGGUCAGAUGGGGUCCAUGGGGUCCAUGGUGAGUGGCGGGUACGGGGGCAGCAGUGGAGGCGGGGCAUCGAGAGAGGGAGGCUUAGCACCUGGCUGGUUGGCCGCGUUUGGUACCGGAGGCUACGAGGACGAGCCUCCGCUACUGGAAGAGCUAGGUGUCAAUUUUGGACACAUCAAGAUGAAAACCUUGGCUGUGUUGAACCCUAUGUCAAAUGUCGAUCAGCAUAUGAUGGACGACAGUGAUGUCGCUGGGCCAAUUCUGUUUUGUCUGCUCUUUGGAGCUUUCCUGUUGCUUUCCGGCAAGGUGCAUUUCGGCUAUAUUUACGGUGUCGCUCUGCUUGGCUCCAUCUCACUACACCUUAUUCUUAACCUUAUGUCACCGCCAUCACACUCGCUAAACUACAUCCGGUCUGCCUCCGUGUUGGGAUAUUGUCUACUGCCACUCGUAUUCACCUCAUUCAUUGGGGUACUGUACCCGAUGAACGGGCCGAUUGGAUAUUUCCACACCGCACUCACAAUCUCGUGGUGUACGUACUCGGCGAGUAACGUGUUUGUAAGCGUGUUGAGGGUCAAGGACAUGAGGCUACUCGUGGCAUACCCUCUGGGGCUUUUCUAUAGCGUGUUUGGCAUCAUGGCCAUUUUUGGAGGCAAGGCAGUGGCUAUCGGUGAUGGCUUAUAA